CUCCGGCGGGGGCUCGAACCUCCUGCGUCCCAGAGUUCCUUGCGAGCAGAGGGUGGCCCUCGCGCCUGCAGCGGUGUCGUCUCGUCAGCAGGGCGGCGGCGCGGCUUCGGCUGUUGUUCCCCGUCCGCCCAGGGAAGGAAGAAGCGACGGCCCCGGCGCGCGUCUGGCCCCACAGCCUCCACUGGGAGCCGGGAAGGCCGGCCGCGGCAUCCAUGGAGGCUGGAUCGGGGCCCCGGGGCCCCCCGAUCUGUUAAGGCCUCAGGAGGCUCCGACGCCCCCCCCCCCCGCCCCCUGGACUCCUCAGGUCUCAGUAUGUCGGAAAACCCUCCCCACGCCAACGCCAAUCACCUCCCCAUGAACGGCAACGGCGGGGGAGGGCCCGGGGGCGGCGGGGGGACCCCCCGCGGGGUCCGGACCCCCAACCUCAACCCUAACCCCCUCAUCAAUGUACGCGACAGACUCUUCCAUGCUCUCUUUUUCAAGAUGGCCGUGACCUACUCUCGUCUCUUCCCACCGGCCUUCCGUCGCGUCUUCGAGUUUUUCGUCCUGCUCAAGGCCCUGUUUGUGCUUUUCAUCCUGGCUUACAUUCACAUCGCCUUCUCCCGCUCGCCCAUUAACUGCCUGGAGCACGUGCGGGACAAGUGGCCUAGAGAUGGCAUCCUCCGGGUGGAGAUCCAGCACAAUUCGAGCCGUCCGCCCAUCUUCCUCCAGUUCUGCGAUGGCGGGGGGUUCCCGGGCAUGGUGAUUGAGACCCCCGGUGAGGAGGAGCCGGAGGAGGAGGAAGAGAUGACGGUGGAGAUGUUCGAGAACAGCUCUGUCAAGUUCGAGCUGGAUAUUGAGCCCAAGGUGUUUCUGAAGCCAUCCCGGGCGAGCAGCCCCGAGGCCCGGAUCCAGGGGGCCCAGAACGAAAGCCAGGAGUUCUCAUUCAGCGAGGCGACAACUAAAGGUAUGCAGCCUCUGAGUGAGACUGUGUCCGAGUUUGAGAUGCUCACCAGAGCAGUGUGGCCUCAGGAGGAGUACAUUGUGGAAUAUUCCUUGGAAUAUGGCUUCUUACGCCUGUCUCAGAGCACGCGGCAGCGCCUCAGCAUUCCCGUUAUGGUCGUGACGCUGGACCCCUCAAGAGAUCAGUGCUUUGGGGACCGAUUUAGCCGCCUGCUCCUGGAUGAAUUCCUGGGCUAUGAUGACAUCUUGAUGUCAAGUGUGAAAGCCUUGGCAGAAAACGAGGAGAACAAAGGUUUCCUCCGCAAUGUGGUGUCUGGGGAACACUAUCGCUUCGUCAGCAUGUGGAUGGCCAGGACGUCCUACUUAGCAGCCUUUGUCAUCAUGGUCAUUUUUACCCUGUCCGUCUCGAUGCUCUUGCGCUACUCCCACCACCAGAUCUUCGUCUUCAUUGUGGACCUGUUACAGAUGCUGGAGAUGAACAUGACCAUUGCCUUCCCCGCCGCACCCCUGCUCACUGUCAUCUUGGCUCUCGUCGGUAUGGAGGCCAUCAUGUCUGAGUUUUUCAACGACACUACCACUGCGUUCUACAUCAUCCUGAUCGUGUGGCUGGCUGACCAAUAUGAUGCCAUCUGCUGCCACACCAACACCAGCAAGAGGCACUGGUUGAGAUUCUUCUACUUGUACCACUUUGCCUUCUAUGCGUAUCACUAUCGAUUCAAUGGGCAGUACAGCAGCCUGGCACUGGUCACCUCAUGGCUCUUCAUCCAGCAUUCCAUGAUCUACUUUUUCCAUCACUAUGAGCUGCCGGCCAUUCUCCAGCAGAUCCGGAUUCAAGAGAUGCUGCUACAAAACCAGCAGCUGGGUCAGGGGACGCAGACCACCCUGCAGGAUAAUCUCAACAACAACACUACGGCCGCCCCCGCUGGCGGCCGGCGGCCCCUCCUCGGGGCAGGCCCCUCGGAGAUAGGCAACCCUGCUUCCCUGCCCCCCGGCGAGGGGCCCUCCACGUCUGUCUCGGCGGGGGGCAACAUGAACUGGGUGGCCGAAACGGCUGCCAUCAUCACAGAUGCCUCGUUCCUCUCUGACCUGAGUAGUGGCCUCUUGGAGCAGAGAGCGGUCCCCGAAGCCCUUGCCAACAGCGGUCCCCUUCCUGCCGCCAGCCUGGUGGCCCAGAUCCGAGUCAGUGAGAACCCGGAGGCGGCCGUGAGCUCCAUCACCAUCGAGGUCACUUCACGGAUGGCCCCGCCCGGGGAGCUGCCGCUCGCGGACGAGAGUCUCCCCACCCUCCUCCCAAGCCUGGCCGCCUCGGCGCCGGGCCUCGGUGCCGGAGUCCUGGAAGGCAGCCUCCUGCAGCCGCUCCGGCAAGAUCCCGGCUCGGACCAGCAGCGGGGCCAGGUCCCGGAGCCCUCCGAGCAGACUGGCCCCAGCCCGGUGGACACGGACAGCACGGCCUCUGUGGGAGCUCUCUCAGCAGCGGAGUCUGGGAGCCCGUCGUGAGGGAUCUUUGGGUUUUGGGGGUAUCCCCCCUCCGCCACCCCCAUCCAAUGGGGCAGGAGCAACCCAUCUCCUUUCUUCAGUUUGGUUCUCUUUCUGCCUUGCUCAAACUUUUUUCUUUUUUCUUCUGUGGUAUCUGUCUGGGAGGGGGGAAUGCCAGGGCUGCUGCCGAGAGUCUUAGGGAGGCGAGGCACCCCACCAUCCCAGUCCCCAUCUCUCUUUUCUCUCUCCCCACCCCCCCCCCAAUUCCCCACCCACACCACCUCCCAGGCUCCUGCUCCCCUCUGGCUACCUCCAUGGCUCCCCCAGCUUCACAAAUCCCCCCUGAUCUUUUCCCCCAAUGGUUUGAAAGCUGCUUGUUCCCGCCUGCCCCCUCAUCCCCAAGUCAAGCCUCUGUCACUACUGCUGACUCAAUCUUUUUUUUUUUUUUUUAAUUUCCCUUUAAUACAUCAUCCCAUCCAGGGUGAGGCAGAGGUGGGAGUAGGGGACGCAGAUGGGCUAGAAGCAGGAAUGCUCCCUUCCCUUUCCCAUUAUCUGUGGAAAUUGCCAUUUGACUUCCCAUGGAUGAAGAAGGUUAGGAGCUAGAAGGCAGAGCUGAGUUUAAGAACCAGUGCGAUUUUUCAGGGAGCCCCACGGUCUGCCCCUUCAGCCAGGAGUCUCUUUGCUGCUUUUCCAGCUCUGCCCUGCUGUGGUCCUGGCUCUCAGAAAAAGCCCUUCUCUUCUCCUCCCACUCUACCCCCUCCCCCCACCCCCCGAACUGGGGCUUGACCUCCUGUGCUUCUGAGGGGGAGAGGAAAGCCCCUCAGAUUGCUCCUUGGCUCCCAACCUUCAGCUAGGGGGAAGAAAUUGUUACCAGUGGGGCCUGGUCCCCCUGGUCAUGCAAAGAGGGCGGAGAGACUAGGCCCUGACAGGCAUUCUUCUUCUACCCGCCCCCAACCUGGGAACAGAGGACACAGGGUCUUGGCUGGGCUCAGAUAUCAAGGUGCAAGUUUGUCCAGAGCCCAACAGAUGCCCCUUUCCUGCCUCCCCUGUUCCACCUUCUUUCCCAGCUCUCAGCUUGGUGCUCUGUCGUCUCAGUGCCUUUCCCAGUGACUGUGGGCUGUUUCUCCUGCGCUCCCCUGUUUUUUUGUGUGAUGCUAGUGGCAAAGCAAUUGUGGAAAGAGUUAGGAGGAAGCCUUUACCCCUGUGAGUCCAUUUCCCUGCCCUCCCCCCCCCCCCCUCCUCCCAAAGUCCAUGCCCUGAGCCUUGCCCAGAGCCUGGAGCUCAUCUGAUUCUUGUCCCUCGGAGGUUUUUCUCCCCUGCCCCCAGCCCUGCCUGCUAAGCUGAAAAAUGAGGUGGGAGCAUCAGACUGUCUGGCCCAGGACCAGACUCCCUUUUGAGGAAGCCUCUGCCCUUCACCACUUGCAGUCCCUGGUGAUAAAUGUAAGGUGGGGUGGCCCUGCUUAGUAGGGCCCAGCUCUUCCAAAGAUAGCUCUGCUUCAGUCUUGCAAUCCUGGUUGGGUAGGUGGGGAUGGAGGAGAGGGUUUGCGGUGUAAAUGAACACGGUUCAACAGAGGUUGGACCUAGUGCCGGGGGCAGGAGCAGAGGAACCCCGUGCAUUGGUGGACCCAAGCAGCCGGAGGGGAGAGGGGGAAGCCCACUGUGGAUAUGCUAAAAGGACGGUGAGCAAAAUUAGAAACCAAACCAUGUCCCAGAAUGAAGAGUUCAUUCUGUCUUAUUUAAUUGUGUUUGUAUAUAUAAUAAAUUGCCUAACUGUU